AAUACAUAAUGAACCCAAAGUAGGCAUGAGUCAAAGUAUGAUGGAUCAAGAGACUAGCGCAUAAAACUCUGGUGCUGAGGGCUGAGGCCAGCAUCACUCUGACCCUUCCAUUCUCUAACAGUCUAGCAGGGUGGAACACUGCAUUUGUCUUAGUCCCUUGGUGCUGGGUCACUUACAUCACACCUGCUCCCAUUGCGAUCUGCUUCCUGUGUUGACCAUGCCGGGGUGGAGCUGCCUGGUGACAGGAGCAGGAGGGUUUCUGGGCCAGAGGAUCAUCAGCUUGUUGGCUCAGGAGAAAGAGCUGCAGGAGGUCAGAGCCCUGGACAAAGUCUUCACACCAGAAACCAGGGAGGAAUUCUCUAAGCUGCAGACAAAAGCCAAGGUGACAGUGCUGAAGGGAGACAUUCUGGAUGCCCAGUGCCUGAGGAGAGCCUGCCAGGGCAUCUCUGUUGUCAUCCACACCGCUGCUGUCAUUGAUGUCUCAGGUGCCAUUCCCAGACAGACCAUGGUGGAUGUCAACCUGAAAGGUACCCAGAACCUGUUAGAGGCCUGUGUCCAGGCUAGUGUGCCAGCCUUCAUCUACACCAGCUCAAUUGAUGUUGCAGGGCCCAACUCCUACAAGGAGAUAGUUCUGAAUGGCCAUGAGGAAGAACAGCAUGAAAAUUCAUGGUGUGAUCCAUACUCAUACAGCAAAAAGAUGGGUGAGAGGGUGGUGCUGGCUGCCAAUGGGUGCAGCCUGAAAAAUGGUGGCAUUUUGCAUACUUGUGCCUUGAGACCUAUGUAUAUCUAUGGGGAAAAAAGUCCAUUCAUUUAUGUUAUAAUGGUCAGGGCGCUCAAUAAUAAUGGUAUUCUUGAUGUUUUUGGGAAAUUUUCUUCAGUUAACCCAGUAUAUGUGGGUAAUGUGGCCUGGGCACACAUUCUGGCUGCCAGAGCCCUACGAGACCCCAAGAAGUCACCAAGCAUCCAAGGUCAGUUCUACUAUAUCUCAGAUGACACCCCUCACCAAAGCUAUGAUGAUUUAAACUUUGCUGUGAGCAAGGACUGGGGCCUCCACCUUGGUUCCAGUUGGAGCCUUCCUCUGCCCCUGCUCUACUGGCUUGCCUUCCUGCUGGAAACUGUGAGCUUCCUGCUGCGUCCAAUCUACAACUUCCGGCCUCCAUUUAACCGCCACUUGGUCACACUGUCAAAUAGUGUGUUCACCUUCUCCUACAAGAAAGCUCAUCGAGAUCUAGGCUAUGAGCCACCUGUCAGCUGGGAGGAAGCCAGACAGAAAACUUCUCAGUGGAUCGGGUCACUAGUGGAGCAGCACAAGGGGACACUGAACACAAAGACUCAGUGAUGUGACCAUGGCAGGGACAUGGCCCUAGGUGCUGUCAGUUGGUAGUUGUCAGGUCCUCCAGAAGGACAGAGGCAAAACCCAGGUCCUGCCUCCUCCCUUUGACACACAGACCAACUUGGUGUCUUCCUGAAGUCACUAGAUGCUUUGACAGUCACUGUCCCUGACACAGGCUUUCCUUCCCCAUCACCUGCCCACAGACACAGGGGCUGCUUUGUCUCAGCUGCUAUGAAUAAAGUGUUCCGCAAUUACAAUUUCCCUUCA